AAGCAGUCUUUUGUAUACACGGUGAUUUUAAAAAUGUGACAAAUUCUUCAUACGUUUUGACCGAUUUCACUCUUUUCUAGUGGAGCUAUGACCUCUAAACCACUGCUAUGUUCAGUUAAGAAACCAGUGUUUAUAUCGGCUGGAGAUUCAUUUCAAUCUGGAUGCUGUGUAAUUGAUGUGACAUUUCCAAAUGUUAUCAAUCCUCAGAUUGAGGAAAUCAGCUUCCGAAACUAUUACACAGCUUACCUUAAGAUACGCUUUAAAACAAAGGAGCAAAAUGAGAAAUCUCCAUGGAAGUCUGCUUCCCUAAGGAAAACCUUGAUGCCUGACCCACACUGUGAGACCAAAGCAGAAGAUUAUUUCACCAUCACCAAAGAUGAUAUGAAAGUUGAAUUGAAAAAUAUUGGAUCUUUGAGGUUUAUACUAUACCAGCCAUCACCCGUAUGGAAAGAUUUCAGCCUCAAUGACAUAACAAUUUACAGCACACGUGUAAAGUUGCUGUCAGAACAGAGUUUGCCUGAUUGGCUGGAGGAUUCCACAGCCGGGGAUGGCAAGGAAGAUCAACCAACCAUAAAGGGGGUUCCUGCUGUGGAAGACAUCUCUAAUGGACUCCAACACCUGUGGUCCCUGGUUGCUAAGGCAGGUGACAACAAACCUACAUCAUCACUAGGCAGAUAUGAGGUGGAUGGAAGUUACGAGAUCAACCUUUUGUCCUAUACAUAGUCAGCCAACACAAGGUCAACUUUUGGGUUAGAAGAAUACAUUAUUAUACAAUUGGACAAACACUGUAUGCCCUGGAUAUCUCACCUUACAAUUUGCAGCAUUCUCUCAUAGCAGCAUAAACACAUUACACCUUGCAUUUGCAUAUUGUACCAUAUUAACUGAAUGCCUUGCAUUUGCAAAGACAUGUUGUACCAUGUACACUGAAUGCCUUGCAUUUGCAGAGACAUGUUAUGGCAUAUAAAUUGAAUGCCUUGCAUUUGCAGAGACAUAUUGUACCAUAUAAACUGAAUGCCUUGCAUUUGCAGAGACAUAUUGU